CGAACUUCGACAGACAACAGAUAACGCUUAAACGACUAAUACAACCACCACCCAGUCCCCGGACGAUAUUCUCGUCGACGCACACCCAUCGCCAUCACCGCCGCAUUAAUACCGGCCGUUCACACUUGCGCAUCGGCCUCCCACCCCCACCGCUGCCCGCCCGCGGCAGCACGAUUACCCUCCACACAACAAACCAACACCCCACACACCAACCCACGCACACCACACAAUGUCGGGCAAAACCUCUGGCUCAGACGCCAAAUCGCGAGACCACCACGAUGGCAGCGCCGGCCGAGCCUUCACCGUGGAGCAAAAAGCCGCCGUAGUACGCAUCAAAUCUUGCGCGCCAACCGCAUAUUACAAGAUCCUCGGGCUCGAAGAAGUAAAAGCCAGCUGUUCAGACUCGGAUAUCAAAAAAGCAUACCGCAAGCUCUCCCUCCUCACGCAUCCAGACAAGAACGGGUACGACGGCGCGGACGAGGCGUUCAAGCUGGUGAGCAAGGCAUUCCAGGUGCUGAGUGAUCCGGACAAGAAGAAGAAGUACGAUCAGUUUGGCGGAGAUCCGGAUGCGCGGUUUGAUCCUCGGGCGCAUGCGAGUGCGAAUGGAGGGGGCGGGGCGAGUCCGUUUGGGAAUGGGUUUGCGAGGAGAGGGGGUGGGUUUGAGGAGGAGAUGACGCCUGAAGAGUUGUUUAGACAAUUCUUUGGGGGUGCGUUUGGGGGGCCUUUCGGCGGCAUGGACACAGGCCCAGGAUUCGUCUUCAACCUCGGCGGCGGCCCCGGCGUACGCGUCCACCAAUUCGGCGGCGGUCGCCCACGCAGACGCCCCGGAACCGCCGUCCCCCCCGGCAGCGAAGGCCAACAAAACCUCACCUCCGCCUUCGCCAACCUACUCCCCCUACUCUUCCUCUUCGUCCUCCCCCUGCUCUCCUCCCUCUUCUCCGGCUCAACCUCCACCUCCGCAAGCCCGAGUCUCGUCUUCGAAACCCCACGCUCCCCCAACACACUCAAGCGCGUGUCCACACGGAUAAAGAUAGAUUACUACGUCGACCCCAAGGAAGUGCAUGACUAUACGCCGAAGAAAUGGCGCAAGUUGGAUGAUGUAGCCGAGAAUCAGUAUGUGCAUAUUACGAAUACGAGGUGUCAGAAUGAGAGGGUGCGCCAGAGGAGGGCGAUGGAAGAGGCGCAGGGAUGGUUUAGUGUGGAUCAGGAGGCCAUGAAUAAGGCACGGAAUAUGGAGUUGAAGAAUUGUAAUAAGUUGAGGAAGUUGGGCGUGGAUGUUUAUUAGGUCAGGAGGUUGUUAGGAUGAGUGCGUUCUGCUUCAGGGUAGACUUUGUUGCACGUUUGGUUGUACGCAUCUUGAUGUUGGAGGGUGGUAGGAGUGGUUCUUGGAAGGAGUUGUUCUGGGGAUAUAAUUCAGUCUCAGAUGGACGCAUGGCGUACAGAGGCGUAUGGUAGCAUCAA